CUUGCUCAUUGUUUGUCACUUCCAUGUGUCUCAUAUGUUUCUACAUUUUGUUUUCAUGUUUUGCUACUUAGCUUCCACAGAUUCCUCUCAUUUUCAGUUGCUGCUCGCUGUGUGUGUAUUUGGACUGCAACAAACACUUAUGCUGACUCAGAGGCUCAUCUCAGUCAGUCAUGGGUUAUCCUGGGAUUCGCACGUGGACAUGGACACUGUUUAUCUGGCUGAAUUGGAUGUGUGUGGGUCAAGCGUUAGCAAAAACGCAGUACUUGGUGGCCAUUCCUGCAGUUCUUGAAGCUGGAGCUGAGACCAAACUCUGUGCGAGUCUCCUGCAGCCAAACGAGACUCUGGACAUGACCGUCACUUUGAUGUCCCAAGAGCAGAAUACAAUGCUUCUGAAGGAGACAUCCAGUAAAACGUUUCAUACCUGCACUCAAUUUAAGGUUCCUUUAGUGCAGAAUCAAGUGGUGAAGAAGCUGGAGGUAGAGGUGCGUGGUGACAAUUUCUACUCAAAAAAGGUGACGAAAGUCAUGAUCAAGUCAAAGUCUAUGAACCAAUGACAUUCGUCCAGACAGAUAAACCGAUCUACCUCCCUGGACAAACGGGUAACACUGAGCUGAUAAUCUAUGAUGUUGUAACAAUAUGGGACCUUAUUAAGACAGG